CAUUGUUCAUCACAGCAAAUUUUUUGAGUGAGUAAAAAAGUUACUCGCGCUGCAAAAAUAGUCAAUAUUUGGGUUUAUAAAAACGAAUUUAGUAUUGAUUUUAGUGAAAAAGUGAUGUCCUAGUGCUAGUGUAACAAUUGCGACAAUAAAUUAACAAUAUGUCUGUAGGUGUUUUGCUGUAAAUCUGUAUGUGUGUAUUUUUACUACACCGAAAACCUUCUUGUACUUGUCGUGCAAAAGUCUCUUGUGGAAUAGGCGCGUGCUCUGGUAGUGGACGAGAUUGGCGGUAUGGAAUCUCACAAGAAAGGGAUGUCUCUUGAGCACAGUCGCUUUGCGCAACUGGAGACACUCAUCUUAGGUAGCGGCGGUCAUGCUUCGCGUAAGGGAGUCAGUGACAAUGGUGAGCAACGACCCGAUCAAGUGGCCACAAAUGGCGCCAAGGAGAGCUCCAAUGCAAUCUCCGUGGAAACCCUCCUCGACUGCCUCCUUGCACUCUACGACGAGUGCUGUAAUUCGUCCCUACGACGCGAAAAGACUGUAUCGGAUUUCAUAGAACUAGUCAAGCCAGUUGUCCAAAUAAUAAAACAACUGCGGUUGUGCCGCGAGGAUUUUGAGAUACUCAAAGUGAUCGGACGAGGGGCUUUUGGGGAGGUGUGUGUCGUGAGGAUGAUUGCAUCAAAUCAAAUUUUCGCCAUGAAAAUUCUCAAUAAAUGGGAAAUGCUCAAAAGAGCUGAAACGGCGUGCUUCAAGGAGGAACGAGAUGUUCUCGUAUAUGGGGACCGUCGGUGGAUUACAAAUCUCCACUAUGCAUUUCAGGACGAGACAAACUUAUACCUCGUAAUGGAUUACUACUGUGGCGGCGAUCUGUUGACGUUGCUGAGUAAAUUUGAGGAUCGUCUUCCGGAGGAUAUGACGCGGUUCUAUAUUGCCGAAAUGGUGCUGGCCAUAUCGAGUAUUCAUGAAAUCAAAUACAUUCAUCGCGAUGUAAAGCCGGAUAAUCUCGUGCUGGAUGCCAGUGGGCACAUUCGUUUGGCUGACUUUGGGUCGUGCCUCAAGCUAGGAGCCGGCGGGACGGUACAAUCGAAUGUGGCCGUUGGUACACCCGAUUACAUCUCACCGGAAAUUCUGCGCGCCAUGGAGGAUGGGCAGGGACGGUAUGGGCCUGAAUGCGAUUGGUGGUCUCUCGGGGUGUGUAUGUAUGAAAUGCUGUACGGGGAAACGCCCUUCUAUGCGGAGAGCCUCGUGGAGACGUAUGGGAAGAUUAUGAAUCACAAGAAUUGCUUCAAUUUCCCCACGGAAGAUGCAAGUGGGGUGGUUGUGAGUGACAAUGCAAAGGAUCUCAUUAGGCGACUCAUAUGUGCACCCGAAUACCGUCUUGGGCAGAAUGGAAUUGAGGAUUUUAAGAAGCACGCGUGGUUUGAGGGGAUUGAUUGGGAGACACUACGCGAGGGACAGGCACCGUAUAUACCUGAAGUUUCUAGUCCAACAGACACGUCCAAUUUUGAUGUAGAUGACACAGAUAUACGACUAUCGGAUGUCCUACCGCCCAUCUCAAAUCCCGCCUUCAGUGGGCACCAUUUACCAUUUAUCGGUUUCACAUACACCGAGGACUGCCGCCUGUCCGAUCUAUCGGGCUGCCUGUAUGACAUUUGCACCACAGACGGUGUUUUGGCGCAUCAAAUUCAAGCUGUUGCCAAGGCUGUGGUGUCACCGGAGGAGAAACGUCUGAGUCCUGAUAGUACGCGUCGGCUGCAGGAUGAAAUAAAUGUGCUGACAAAGCGCAAUUGUGAGCUGGAGAGUCAGGUGAAGUCAUUCGAGCAGCAACAAGUGCGUCCAUCUGAUGAUCUUAUUAAUGACCAAUUUGCCGGACGUCUCAAGGAGAUGGAGAAGAAGAUGCGACAACUCAAGCAGGAGCGUGAUGAGUUGAGUAAAGACAAACUCGAUGCCCUCGAUAGGUUGCGGAUACAGGAGAAGGAGCUUCAGGAUGCAAUAGAUCAGCGGAAGAUUGCAAUGAAGGAGUAUACGGAAGUUACGGAUAAACUAUCCGAUUUGCGGAGUCAGAAGCAGAAGUUGUCGCGUCAGGUGCGGGAUAAGGAGGAAGAACUUGAUACAGCAAUGCAAAAGAUUGACAAUCUCCGGAAUGAUUUGCGCAAAAUGGACAAAACCCGGAGGGAAAUGGAGUCAAGAAUGGAGAAUGCUGUUGCAGAUAUAACUCAAGAAAGAAAACUCCGGGAACGUUCCGAAGAAUUCUGUCGACAGCUACAGGCUGAAGCAAAAGCACGCAGUUCGUCGGACUUUGGUUCCUCAUCCUCACUUGGUUUGUCAUCGGAUAGCUUCCGUUUGGAGUUGGAACGGUUGGAGGUGCAUUACACAGAGAAGCUGAAUCAGCAACAAUCACGCUACAACAUUGAACUCUCAUCGCUGCGGGAGCAACUCACAGAAGCGGAACUUCUUGUCAAUAUGUUGCAGCGUGAGCUACAGCAGGCACGUGAGAAGGUGGAUGCAACACGACUGGAAUCUCUGACGGACAGUGAGGAAAUUAUAACGGAAAUGAAAAAGUGUCAUGAUCACGAGAAGAAGGUACUUCAGGAUGACAAUAGGAAAUUACUUUCCGAAAUGGAUAUACUCAAUCAGACGCUAAGGCGAAUGCAGGAGGAGAGAAUUGAGAGGGAUAGUAGUUUGGAGGAUUUACGCAAUAAACGAAUGGCAAUAUGUCAGUGGGAGCAUCAAAUAUCUGAGAUAAUCCAAUGGGUGACGGAUGAGAAGGAUGCCAGAAGCUAUCUCCAGGCGCUGGCGACCAAAAUGACUGAAGAACUCGAAUACCUCAAGCAUGCUGGUACAAUAAACCAGAAUACGAAUGAUAAGAAUUGGCGCAAUAGGAGAUCACAGAAGCUCGACAAGAUGGAAUUGCUUAAUCUACAGAGUUCCCUGCAAUGCGAAAUUCAAGCUAAAGCUGCCAUCUCGGAAGAGCUGAGUCGAACGCGUGCUGAUUGGAUCGCAGCACAAAAGGAUCUUGAAGAAACACGUCAUCGACUCAGCUGCAUUGAGAAUGAAUUGAAACGUAAAGAUCGUAUUCUGCAGGAUAUCCAACAGAGGCCGGAACUGAGCGGAGGAUUCCUAGAUCGUCAGUCCAUGCAAAUGGCCUAUUUGGAUCACUUUUUGAGGCAAUCAACCGAAAGCUCUACACCAAAUACAACUUCAACGCUCAUUUCAAAUAUGCAACAGCAUCAGUCUACAACGUCAAUUCCAGCAGAUGGAAGUAUGAGUUCCUUGCUGCUGAGUAAACAAAAUUCGGGGAAAGUAAAACAACCCCAGGCCAUUUAUCGCAACACCGAACCAACGUAUCUCAAUGAGACAACGGAAAAUACAUCGAGCUACGACAAUCAGUCACACAGUCGAAAUAGCUCAAAGAGUGAUCUCAGUGAGAACUCCACGAAUCAGCAUAGUGGGUACUUGAGUAGCGUUCGAACGACGCCAUCCGCGAAGAUUCAUCAGUUCCUCGUGAGAACAUUCAGUAGUCCAACGAAAUGCAAUCACUGCACAUCGCUAAUGGUUGGCUUAACGCGGCAGGGUGUUGUGUGUGAACUAUGUGGAUUUGCUUGUCACAUGGUUUGCUGCCAGAAAGUCCCCAUUCAGUGUCCCGUGCCCACGGAUCAGACGAAACGUCCCCUCGGAAUUGAUCCAACACGCGGAAUUGGCACGGCCUAUGAAGGAUACGUUAAGGUCCCCAAGUCUGGGGUAGUUAAAAGGGGAUGGAUUCGUCAAUUUGUUGUCGUAUGUGAUUUUAAGCUCUUCCUCUAUGAUAUAUCAGCUGACAAAAGUGCAUUACCAAGUGUCUACGUGUCUCAGGUUUUGGACAUGAGAGACCCAGAAUUUACGGUUACCGGCGUACGUGAAAGUGACGUUAUUCAUGCAUCGAAACGAGACGUUCCUUGUAUUUUUCGUAUAACAACUUCCCUUCUGGAUGGAGGAUCCCCCCUACAGACUCUAAUGCUGGCAGAUUCAGAGUCGGAAAAGGCUAAAUGGGUAGUGGCCCUAAGUGAGCUCCAUCGUAUCCUUAAGCGCAACAAUCUCCCCAAUACGGCCAUAUUUCGUGUUCGCGAAGUCAUCGAUAGCUCUCUGACGCUCAUCCGGAAUGCCCUGAGUGCGGUAAUUAUUGAUCCGGAUCGUUUACUCAUCGGCACCGAAGAUGGGCUCUUCUGUAUUGAUCUCGAUCGCAAUGAAGUAGCACGCAUUGGGGAAUCAAAGAAGAUCAUUCAGCUGUGGUACAUUAUGGAGGAACAAAUAAUUGCCGUGCUGUGUGGGAAGCAACGUCAUAUGCGCCUUCUUCCCAUCCGGGGCCUGGAGACGCCAGAUGUGGAGUGGAUAAAGGUGGCAGAAUCGAAGAAUUGCAUUACAGCGUGCACGGGCUUGCUGCGUCGCUUCUCGCAGAAUGUCUACAGCAUUGUUAUUGCGCUCAAGAGGCAGAAUAAUAUAUCGCAAAUUGUGGUGUACGAAGUUAAUAGGAAUAAGUGUCGUCACCAUAAAGUUUGUGAAUUCUCAGUGUCAUUUACGGUGCAGAGUUUGCAAAUACUCACGGAUGCACGACUCGUUGUGGGUCACCAGAGCGGUUUUACUGCAUAUUUACUCCUUCAUGGAGACGCUCAAGCCAUGUCCCUUGUUCAUCCGGAAAAUCAAAUUUGUGCUUUCCUCAAUUACUCAGCUGUUGAUGCGUGUCGUGUCAUUGAAAUUCAAUCAAGUCAGGGAUCUCCUGGUGAACUCCUUUUGGUGUUUCAAACAUUGGCAAUUUAUGUGGAUCUCAAUGGAAGGAAAUCGCGUGAUCGAGAAAUUAUGUAUCCCGCCGUUCCAACUCAUAUUACUUAUUCCGAUGGCCAUUUGCUCCUCUUUUGCGAAACACAUUUGGAUGUUUUUAAUUGCCAGACAGCCGAUUGGGUGCAAUCUAUUGGUUUGAAACGUUCCAUCCCACUCAACUGUUACGGAAAUAUUGCUCUCAGUUACUUAGUUGAUUCACCAAUUGUCAUCUACUUGGCAAACAUUCAUACAAGAGAACUCAUUAAUAUCACAAAUUCAGAUCCAAUUGGAAAGCUGAAGCCUAAGAGGAGAUUCUCCUUCAGGGAAGGAAAUCGAAAUGCAAGAACAACGGAUAGACGCUCAAAGAUGAUCUCAGCGCCGACCAAUUUCAAUCAUAUCUCACACAUGGGGCCUGGAGAUGGGAUCCAAAAGCAAAGACUGCUGGAUCUUCCAACAACAAUCGAAACUGCCGAUCAAACAGUGCAACAAAAGACUACGAAUAGAUGUGCUCCUCCACCUCCAACUUCUUCAAAUAGCGCUCUGGCUUCACUUAGUGGUACAAAACGUUUAGCGCCACAAAAACCAAAGGAACAACCACCCUCAAUUCCUGUCUCGCCGAGUCCCCUCGGGAGUAUGUCUUCUUUGCAUGACAUCCUUAAGGUGGUGGACAUGCAAUCAGCCCCGAGGAAAAGUGUCGCUAGCAACAAUUCCAGCUCCCUUUCGAGUCCUCCAAGUCUCAGUGGUGACCACUCGAGUUAUGACUCGUAAUUUUGGCUACACUUCCCUUUCCCGCGCUCUCUCUAUUUAACCUUUAAAAAUUCUUCUCUAUAUUUCUUAAUUUAAAUGAAAAAAAAAAACACGCAAUAGGAGAAAAAUCUCUACUUAUAUACUCUCAAAAAAAAAUGAAUAUCUCUUUUCAAAAAAAAACUAUUACCUAGGCAAAAAAACCAGCAACUAUUGUAUCUCCAAUUACAAUUUUACUAUUCGUAGUAUGGAAUUUUAAGAAUGGAAAAAAAAUUAAUCUCACUAUAAAUGAUAUUAAAUUAAUUAUACACAAUACGCGACAGUAUAUAUAUAAUUAUAUAAAAUUAUUUAUUAUUUAAAAAUUCAUGGUGAAAACAAAAAUCAAUAAAAAAAACUAAUAUUAAUAUUAAAAUAACUGUUUUACAAUUCAUAUACUGAGUAUAUUAUAUUAUAUGGAAUAGUAUUCUAUUUAGAAAGUAUUACCAAAAGAACAAAAAGAAGAAAAAACAUACAAAACCAAUUAAGAAAACUUUUUUGUACAAAAACAAUAUAAUUAAAUUAACAUUCUACCGUUCAUGCGAAUUUAGCUGAUGAAAUUCAUUGAAAAAGAAGAUAAAAAAAAUGAAGCAAGUACGAAUGUGAAUAAGCUCUGUUGAAUAAAACAUUGCGUCUAACCAUA